UGCAUUUUUUGUUUAUUUCUGUAAAAGGGAAAUGAAUUUUAAUUAUAAAUACUACUUGUAAAUAAAUAAUCUGUUAUAAUACAUAAAAUGCGUGAAGCUUAUAAUUUUGUGUUGUUAGCAAGUUACAGUGUACUUUUUGCUUUUGUGUAAACUAUUAUUUUUGUUAAUUUUAUUGUUGAACAAUGUUCGGAAGACCGAGAUGUAGGGAGUGGACUCCACUUUCUACACAACAGCUACGCUUAAGAAGCCUAAUUCAGAUCGUCGGCUACAAUAUACGACCACCUGAAUCUUACCCGGUCCAGUGCAGUUUCUACUUAACCCUGCAUCACACCACCAUGUCUGCCCCGUUUUACACCAGCGAGAGGAUAUGCUCGCCGCAUCCGAAAUGGAAAGAGAUCGACUCUGAAAUAACUCAUAAUAUGUCAUCAACGAACGUUGUUAUAAGGAUAUGGUGUCACACAUUACACCCCACCGAGCAGUGUAAUAACACACAAGAUACGGUUAUACAGACUUGGGGGGUUUAUUUUAGCGGUCUCCGAUAUAUAGGGGCGAAUUUAGCCUCGAAUUUCACGUCCGAUUGCUUCAAAUGCAACACGCUUGUGUUUCAAAUGCACGGUGGUCAUUUUUGCUCGUACAAAAGUCUCAAGUUAGACGUUAUCCCCCCGGAGAACGAAUUGGAUCAGGGGUCGCUGUCAUCGGAUUCGUCGGGGCGAACGAAUCUAUCGAGAACUACUUUAGAAUCGAGAUUGGUUUCGGAUUCGAAAUUACUUCAUGCGAGAUCUAUAUCGCCCGGUAAACGCGGCAGGAAACCGGAUAAAGAGUACUCGAAAAGCCACAGUCCAAUAGAAAAGACGUUUCAUCAGAACUUUCCAACAAUCCGACCGUCGGCUAGUUUGAUUAUUACCCAAAAUAGAUUAAGGGAUAAUAAUGUUGAAAUAGGUAAACGUAAAGAGAAUCCGAGUAAUAUUUAUGAGUAUUCACCUGAUUACAUGGACGUUAAAGAAUUCACAGAGGACCGAUACAACAGUUACUCCAAGGAAACGUCCCACGAAGACUUGUCGCAGAGUAAAAUCGAUUGCAGCGAAACCGCCGAGAAUUACGACCUGCGAAACGAAUUGGACGGUAUCCCGAAAAUCCGAUAUAUGACCAUGAAUUUCUUGAAAUCGGAGAUCAGGCCGAGCUACAACGCGGCGAAGCUGCAGAAGCUGCAUCUGUUGCAGUAUUCGAUAAAGAAGAAGCAAGAGGCGGUCGAAGAGAUCAAGGAGAGGAUCUACAAGAAGUCCGCCCUGACCGACGGCCGGUCCCCGUCUGACGAGAAAGAGUUCUUGUUGCGCGGCAAGAGUAGAUCGCAAAGAAAUCUGUUUAGUCCGGAUGAUAAUAGUUUGAAUAGAGAAAAGUCGGCGUCACAAAGCGAUUUGAAUGUUAAAAAUGGUAGGAUCAAAGAAGAAAGGCCGCUGUCAAACGGACCUAGACUUACUUUGAAACUGAACGAUCUCCUAUCUUAUAAGACAAAGCCAUCUCCAUUUCAAAGGGCGGAACACGUGAGACUGAUGAAACAAAUAGAGAUAUUAAGAUUUAAACGUAUAAUACUAUCAGACGAAAGAGACAGCAAGCUAGCGAACAUAAGGAGACUGAAAGAGAGGCACGCUAAAUUGUCCGAGGCGAAUCAGGAUGUUGGUUCGGAAUUAAUGGAGAACUAUCACACGUUAUCGCGACGCACGGAUUCGCUCAAGGAGACGAGACAGAACUGCGGGGCUCUGCGGGAGCUGGCCGGUCGCUCGCACUCGGCCUUGAGGAACAGGCGAUGCGAGCUGUUGCUGAUGCUGCACCACAUAUUCUACGUCGAAGAGAGAAGCCCAUCGAAAUGGUCAAUAGUAAACGUUCCGUUGCCCAUAUGCGGGGACGAGAGCACCCGAGCGACCCCCGUGAGCGACUCCGUGGCGGCGGGGUUCGUAGCGCAGGCCACGUGUCUGGCGGCCUCCCUGCUCAACCAGCCCCUGCGCUACAAGAUAACCCUCCUCGGAUCCGCCAGCAAGAUACUGGACGAAACACCCGAUCUCCCGGAUCCGAACAUCCCGCUGUUUGCUCGUGGCGGCGACACCACGCUGUUCCGGUACGCGCUCUUCCUGCUAAACAAGUGCAUAGCCCAGCUGAUGUGGGGCCGAGGGCUGCCCGUCACGGACAUAGGACCGACCCUAGCGAACCUGCAGAGGCUCUUGAUAACGCCCUGUAAUAUGUCUGAAUCGUCCAAGCUGUUUGGUAGUAACCGUUGGCUGUCGGACGGUGACUGUCCGCGCGCCCAAUCCUUACGCAGUAUGGUCGCGUCCGACCGAGGGAAGUACAGGCCGUUUAAUAGGUUCAAGGAUUCGUUGGAUGGUCACUCGCCACAUUCCGCCACGACCCUCCGGAGACAUCGCCACUCGAAGAGCGUCGGUAGCUAUCGCGACGACCAAGAAACACCGACGUUCGAUCAAUCCACUACAUCGAUAAUGGGAAGCGAAUCGAACAUUUACAACAUGAAGCUGUCCCAGGGCAACUCUGAGGCGGCGUCGACUCUCAAAACUCAUAGCUCCGAUUCCGCCAUUCCGACGCUGACGGACAACGCUGUCAACGUCAGUGCCGACGGAGCUGUCAAUGUCACCGCGGACGGAGCUGUCAAUGUCAGUUUCAUUAUAGGCGACGGCGAGAAGCUGGUCAGGCUCACGAGUAACAACGGUGACGUGGAACUGAGUGAUAAUGUGAAGAAAAUAUGCAACGAAAUUAAUGAUUUUUGCUCGUCAAACGCCAUUGACAUAGCAGAGUACAUGGAGAGGCGCGCCAGUGACAUAGAGGACCUGGAUUGUAGUGAUUGCGUUAGGAAUGAAAACGGCGAAUGUGAUAUAGUCUGUGCGAACAAUGUUAGGGACGUGAUCGUCAUUCCCAGCGCUGAGGCCAUCUUGGACACGGGGCAGAACUGUCAAAGUGACAGGCACAACGAUUGACAGAUUGACAGCCCGCGUCAAAUAGUUUGAAUGUAUACGAUUGGACAGUUUUUUUUUGUUGUUUAGCCAAAUGUGUUGAUGUUGAUGAAUGCAAAAUAAAAAAAAGGUUUGAAUUGUUUUUUUUUUUAUAAUUUAAGUCGAAUAAUAUCGGCUUUGUAACUAAAUUUAUGUUUGUGCGGGUUGUUAAGGUUACUUAACUGACUCAAACAGCGUCGCUUAUUACGAAGAUAAUUUGAAGAGGUUAUGUUAAAAAUAUACAGCGUGUUUAUUUUAUUACUAUUUAUAUAGUAGUUUUCAACUUAUUGUUAAAAUUAAAUUGUUUUAAAUUUAAUAUAAAUUGACCAACUCUUAAGGAUGAUUUUCACUAAUUAUCCCUUUUCGUGUCAGAUAAUACAUAUCCUAAGAAAGUAUUUGAACAUUACUCGACUUCAGAAGUAAAUAAUAUAGAUUAAUAGCUGAUUUUUCAUAAGAAUAAUAUAAUAAAAUACGACCGAAUUAAAAUUACCGAAGUAUAAAUAAAUCAAUUCGAAUGCGCAUCAUUUUCAUAUUUAGUCGGAUUAUAAAAGCCAUAACCGAUUUAAUAGACCCAUAAUAAAGGUAAUAUUAAUAUAUAUGAUCGGUCCAUGUAAAUUGAUCGUAUUAUCGCAGUUUGUACGUAAACAUAUAAUAGUAUAUCAAGAGCCUUUUUUUUGUCAGGAGGAAAUCACCGGACUUCCGCCCUCCACUGGGGAUGGAGGGCGGGGUAUGACGGAGUUGAACCGACUAAAAUCUCCUGUCGCUCAACAACCAGCAUCCAAACCUCGCAUGAGACAGAACUCUGUCAGACUCUGUCUGAAGAGUUCUGUCAUUCAGAAGUCUGAGUUCUGUCAGAAUCAAGAAAUUCUGUAACGAAAAUAAAACCUAACACCCCCACUCCGCCUACCAUGUAGCUCGCGUUCAACACAUUCACACG